AAAAAAAAACACGAAAAAGGAAAGUCGUGCCUUGUGGAUUAUCUGCAACUUUAUCUUAAAAGGAGCCAGCGAGUGAUAACUGCCAACUGGUAAGUAACCAAAGAAAAUAAUAUAAGAACGACUUUCGUCUAUUAUUUCAAAUAUAUGAUACGUCGCAGUUCUAACCAAAAAUGCCCUCCUUCAUUUUUAGUACAAAGGGAUUAUUACUUUAGUUGACCAUUUGAGUAUUUCCAAUAUUGGCGUGGAUACUAAUUUAGGCCUUGAGUGAUAACUGUGGUCCCAUAAACAGAAAGGGACGGGAGAGAAAGUGACACCAUUCACUUUACUUUUCUUGUUUUGCGUUUUCUGAAAUUAAAAUAAUAAAAAAAUAAGAUAGCAUAGCAUGUGAUGUUGUCAGAUAUUAACCGCACCCUAUCCACUCAGUCCCGCACUUUGCGUACAAAAGGAGUGGUUUAUAUGUGGUUUGUGACAUUUUUUUUUUGAUUUUUAUUUUAAAUACAACAGGAAAUAAAAAAAAUCUAGUCUAUAAAUAGAAGAAGUAUGUUAUCAGGUUACACACACUUCACUUCAAUUAUCAUACUUCAUAUACAAUCGCAUUCUUUCCAUUUCUGGUCCAAAAACGUUUUUUUGUUUUCAAACAAGAACAAGAUAUGUCAGGAAGACGUCAUGGAAACACAAAUCCUGUGGGACAAAGAAAUUCAAAUGUUCAUAACGAAACUUCUUCACGAAACGCGUCGAGAUUUAAGUGGACCUAUGAACAAGAAAAAACAUUGAUUGAGUUGUAUGAUCAAGCAAUUUCUAUGAACGAUUAUACUCUUAAAGAUCCUACGGUUCUUGGUAGAGAGCACAUGGUCGACAAUUUCAACCGUGCAUUUAAUUUGAAUAUAAAUUAUGCAUUUUUCAAAAACAAACUUGAUGAUUUCAAAAAAGCAUAUAAGAAGUGGAAGUUUCUCAUGACUUCUACUGGAAUAACGGUUAAUCCGGAAACGUCGAUGAUUUAUGCAUCAGAUGAAUGGUGGGAGGCCCGUGAAUCGGCAUUUCGAAUCUGUCAGUUGCGUUCACAAAACAUCCAGACACUAUCUUACGAAGAGAGAAUUGAGUUGUGGAAUUUAGAAAAUGAGCAAUUUGAGGAGUUAAUAAUUCAACCAACUUUGAGUUAUUAUGAUCGAUAUUUUCAUAGAGCACCUGCCCGGACAGACGGAGGUUUAGGGUGGAGAAAUAUGUGGUCUCGACUUCAAGAAGAUGAUGCUGCUUGUCUUCAACUCCUACGAAUGUCGCUACCAUGUUUCCGAACACUAUGUAACAUGCUACAAACGAAUUAUGGUCUGAAACCAACUUCAAAUGUAAGCAUUGAAGAAAGUGUGGCUAUAUUUUUGCGUAUAUGCGGGCACAAUGAAGUUCAAAGAGAUGUUGGGUUGAGAUUUGGACGAAAUCAAGAGACUGUGAAAAGAAAAUUUAAAGAAGUUCUUAAAGCGACGGAAUUACUUGCAUGCGAUUAUAUCAGAACUCCAACAAGACAAGAACUAUACCGAAUUCCUGAAAGACUUCAAGUACAUCCAAAAUAUUAUCCAUUUUUUAGUGGAUUUGUUGGAGCUAUGGAUGGGACUCAUGUUUGCGUAAAAGUACCACCAGAAUUACAAGGAAUGUACUGGAAUCGACACGAUAAUGCAUCGUUGAAUAUUAUGGCAAUUUGUGAUCUGAAUAUGCUAUUCACAUAUAUAUGGAAUGGAGCACCGGGAUCUUGUCAUGAUACAGCCGUUCUCACAAUAGCACAAGAAAGCGAUCCUGAAUUUCCUUUGCCUCCAAUGGAAAAGUAUUAUGUCGUUGACUCGGGUUAUCCAAAUAGGCAAGGAUUUUUGGCUCCAUAUAAGUCAUCCCGAAACAACGUUGUCAGAUAUCAUAUGUCACAGUUCAACUAUGGUCCUGCUCCACGGAAUAAAGAAGAAUUAUUUAAUCGAUAUCAUGCGUCUCUACGUUCAGUUAUCGAGAGAACUUUUGGAGUUUGGAAGAAAAAAUGGAGGAUUCUUUGUGAUUUUCCAAGAUAUAGUAUCAACAUACAGCAGAGAGUGGUCAUGGCUACAAUGGGAUUGCAUAAUUUUAUAAAGAUUUCAAACUUUUCAGAUGCAGAUUUUGCUGAAGUUAUGGCAGAAACAGGAGGAUUCAAUACACAAGCAGAGACUGAUUUUCAUACCGAUUUAGAUGAUGUAGAAACAAUUGAAGUGACAGAUGGAGGACAUAUGACGCAAAUAAGAGAUAAUAUUGCAAAUAUGCUAUGGGAAAAUCAAUAAAAUAAACUUAUUUUUUUAUUGUAAUUUAUUUGUACUUUAUAAAAAAUGUAAAAUACUUUAUUGUCAAAUAGAAUUUUAUUUUAUAUAUUCAGUACUAUUUAGUUUAUAAACACCAUUCAAGCAUUUUGAUAUAAACUUUUACGCUUUCUAUUUUAAAUAAUAAAUUUAAUUAAUUUUAUUAAAUUUCUCUUAUACAAACCGCAGUUAAACACCAUUCAAACAUUUGUCCCGCACUUUUUAUUAUUUUGGUCACCAUUCACAUAUUUCUUAAACCGCUUCUAUUAGAUGAACCGCACUUGUCCCACAAUAUGCGUUUUUCUAACACAAACCGCUCUUAAACCGCACCGCACUAAUCAAUCCGCUUGUCCCGCACCGCCCAACCCGCUGUUACCAUUCGGAGCCUAUGAAGAGAAAUAUAUUACCAUCACCGAGAAACAAAAGUAAUUAAUUAAGUGGAUGUUGAUAUCUACUUUAUUAAAACAGAAGUACAAAAUAGAAAUACCCCUUAGUUUUACUAUUUAUUUACAUUAGAAUGCCAUUGAGGUAUUUAUUGAACCUAUAUUUAAGCAUGCUUGUCUUUUCCUAAUUUAAAUCAUAGAUUUAAGCAUUUAAUAUCUUUCCAAAAUUUAAAUAAUAGAUUUCUUUUAUCAAAUCAUAACCAAAAUAAAUUUCCUAAUAUAUUUCGUAUUAACAUACUCAAUAUUUUUAAUAUUUAUAAGUAAUAAAUAAUAAAAUAAAAAAUCACACAUCAUAAUCAAUUUAUAUAACAUAUAAAUAAAAUAUAAAAUAGUUUAUUCAUAUAUUAGUAUAAUGCUUUCAUAAUAUAAGUCCAAUUAGUUAUAAAUAUUGGAUUUGUUUAUAUGAUACAUUGUGAUA